AUGCUCACGCCUCCAUCCGCAGCUGAUUCGUUCAGGGCUUUCUCGGGGUUACCAUCUGGACCAGCACCUCAUGUUUCCCCACAGGUAUCUCUAAACACGGAUAUACCGAGCCUAGCUCACACCAAUACUAUCGAUUUUGGACAACCCACUGGAUCUACACAAAGCGGUGUAGGUGAAACAGCCCCCAGUUCUGGACCCGGAGCAUGGUUCCUUGAAGACGAUUUUGAUGUCAGUGCGCUUGACUUCUCAAUAACCUCUACAAUAUCCGAAUGGGCACAGAUCCCAAAUUUGUUUCCUGCUGCGAGUCUGUCUACAGGAGACCAUGAUGUUUUCACCCCCGUUCAAAGCUCUAUCCCAGAUAUUGAAACUGCAAACAUGGCCGGGGACACAGUCAAACGAAAAUGGUUCACCCAUCUGUCACCAUCUGACGAGAACCGACCUAGUCGAGAAUUUACCACCACGGGAACGAACUGGCCAGGUCAAACGAAUGCAAAUGAAUCAUACCGAGCUGGCCUAUCUCAGAAACUCCGUCGACCUAUGGAAGAUGAGGCAUUGCCGUCUUCGGAACAACUGAACCUUUUUGCCAAAUUAUACUUUCAUCGGUUUCAUCCUUUAUUACCAGUCAUACAUGCUCCCUCGUUUCGACCGACGGCGGAAAACUCUCUAUUAUUCCUGUCAAUUUGCUCCAUUGGCAGCUUAUUCGUCGGAUCUUCCCGCGCAGUGGCUCAAGGCUCACGGAUAUUCGAGCGGCUGAACAAAGCCAUUCUGGCAUCAUGGGAAUCAUUCCUGUCAGAAAGCCGACCAGAUGCCCUGUCUAUGGUACAAGCUGCUAUUUUGGGUCAAACUUAUGCUAUUCUAGCUGGAAAGCCUGAGUACCUUGUUCUGGCAGAUGUAUUGCACGGGACAGUUGCCGCAUGGGCCCGUGAAGCAAAUCGACUAGGUGCUCUUUGCAGCCAGUCGCAAGAUAUGCUGAACAGCGCAGAUAUUGAAAGAAGCUGGCAUCGAUGGAUUGAUAGCGAGCAACGUGCUCGAGUUCAAGCUGCCCUGAAUAUCCACGACGCCGAGCUUGCUGCUUUGUAUCAUCACGAGCCAAUUCGCAGUCACCGAUUCCGCAAGUUUCCCCGUCUAGCAUCCGAUGAAUUGUUUUCGGCACCUACGGCGUCUAAAUGGGCCGUAAUUCUCCAAUCACUUCAAUCCCAAAGUGAAAAUCAGGCUCAAGCUCAACUCUCUCGGUCUCCCGAUCCAUUCCCGAUCACAGGCAACGACUCCAGGUUCACUGCAUAUGGAAUCCUUGAAGGAAUCAGCGCUCGCCUCAUAGAUGCCAAACAGUCUCACGAAUUCAACCAUCUAGUCUGCCAAGAUAUAUCCAACCUCUUGAUCCAGUGGUGGCAGACAUACCACACGACAAACCAAGAUCCAUUUUGUCUACCCGUUUUAUGGCAUUCCAUUUUCAUAUCCCUGUACGCGGACAUGGACCUCCUGGAACAAGCAGUCGGCCGCGAUGGCAGGGCCCGAGCCCUGGAAGCAUCAGAACCGGCACGCGAAUGGGCCUCUUCUCUGAAUGCAAGCCGCUGUCUCGUGCACGCAUCGCUGAUUGCCCGGUAUCUCGAGCGCAUGAGUAUAUCCGCCGAGCCAGCAAUACAUGUCCCUCGUGCGCUAUUCUCGGCGGCAUUGAUAUAUCUAUGUGUUGCGCAGUAUGCGCCCAAACAUGUCGUAAGUGCGGAGGCAUUUGCGUCGCCGGAGAUCAUGUUGCUGGGUGAUGGGGCUGCGGAGGUUGCAUGUUUUCCUGGGAAUGCUCAGAAUAGUGAGCGUUCUGUAGUCACAGAUUUGGAUCAAUUGUAUGGCAUGAUUGACUUGCUACAGCGGGGUGGGCGUUGGGGUAUUUCACAGGCUUUUGCGAAUGUGCUUUCUACGGUGCUGGAUGAGGGUAAGGGUGGUGUUUACGGAUAA